GGCGGGGAGGAAGAAAAGAGCGAAGGGAGGGAGAGGAAGUGUAAGUGUAAGUACUGUAACUGCCCCGUAACCUACCUUAAACUACAACUACAACAACAGGCAAUCUAAUCUAGUGCUGUGCUGCACAAUGAUGGCAGCAAGAGGGGCGCAUGCGCUCACCAAUCGCCAAGGCCUCUUUUCCGAGCGGCUUGAUCGCCCUGCAGGUGAUUCGACAGUCUGUCUUUCUUGUUUGUCUUACUUCUAUGAGGAGUUACUUGGACUUAACUUCGUACUUCCCUUCCUUCAGACUCACUUUCCCGGCUGGCUGGUUUGGCUUUGCUUGAUCCAUGCGCUGAAUCCACUACACUCUCCCGCAUUCAGGGGAUGUUAUCUAUUCACUGCUCAUUUGGUUCUCUGUUUUAUUUCUCUUUCUAAACUGAUCUCCCUCCUCUUCUUCACUGACAGAGGUCUUCAUUGCUCCCGAUUGUGGCUAUUCUUCCCCACGACGAACUGUUGUUGUCCAUCAUCAUCCCCACUUGUUGGCUGGCCAGAUCUCGGAAUAGAUUCACUGUUGCUUACCAUUUCAGGGUCAGUACCUUUCCCUGUUUCCUAAUUUAUCCUGUGUCUUCUUUGUUCGCCACGGCUGGCCAGUACCAAUAAAACUAUUCUUGGACCCCAAACCCGUUGUUCUUUCAUUCAAGCUCACAUUCAUACUUCUCAUUGUCCUCCCUGCUCAUCCCGGCGGUGCGGACUUUCCUCAGAACCAGCUGACCCCAAGUAUAAGAGUUCAAU